AUGAACGACCCAGGCCUCAACACCCUCCUAAAAUGGUCCAUCGAGAACUCCGCCGUCUCAGACAACGCCGAGCCCAACCAACCACGCACACAACUCACUCCCGAACUGCUCGCCCAAUUAAUGGGUGGGCCCUCCGAUGCCGACCGCAUGAUUCAAGCCAUGCAAGCCAUCCACGACCCCGAAGUCGACCACGAGAACAAAGGAAUCGCUUGGGACAAUUUCGAGCAACUGGUUGAGAACCUGGAUAACGCGAACAACAUGGAGCAAUUAGGGUUGUGGAUGCCUUUGGUGCAGAAGCUGGAGAGUGAGGAUAAGCAGGAUAGAGAGAUGGCUUGUUGGUGUUUGGGCACUGCGGUACAGAACAACAUCAAGUCUCAGGAGCGUGCGCUAGCUGUUGGUGCUAUCGAAAAGGUCGCAAAGCUCUGCUCAGACGCAGAUGCAGGUGUGCGCAAGAAGGCCAUCCGUGUCAUCAGCUCCGAAGUCAGAAACUACCAACCCGCUCUGGAUGAGGCAGUCAAGUACUUACCUGCGGAGCUUGUUGGUGAUGGCAAGUUCGAUGCCGAUGAUAUGGCAAACGUCGAUGUGCUUGUCAAUGGUCUGAGAGAGAGGAGUGCUAAGAUGGCUUAA